UUUAAAACCGUGAUCAUCAUAUCAUGUACGCUUCUCUGAGAUUAAUAGCCCUUACUAGAACCAUUUUCCUUUGGUUGCUCACUGCUGACUCUGAGGUUGGUUGCAUCGAAAGCGAGCGACAUGCCCUUCUCAACUUCAAGCAACAUCUUAUCGAUCCUUCUGAGCGGCUUGCCUCUUGGUCUUGGGCUGCUACUGACGUGGAUUGCUGUCAUUGGAUCGGUGUUGUCUGCCACAACCGCACCGGUCAUGUCCUCCAACUCCAUCUCAGAACCUUUUUUCCUACUACUACUGAAGAUGCCCAAUGGGAAGCUCAAUAUGAAGCUUAUGAGAGGUCAGUGUUUAGCGGUAAGAUAAAUCCUUCUCUGCUUGAUUUGAAGCAUUUGAUUUACUUGGACCUCAGCUUCAAUGAUUUCUAUUAUACUCCAAUUCCCAAAUUCCUCGGCUCAAUAGGGAGUUUAAGAUAUCUUAAUCUCUCCUAUGCGGGAUUUGGGGGAUUGAUUCCUCAUCAACUUGGGAAUCUCUCUAAUUUGCACUAUCUCAAUCUUGGAGGUUCUUCUUAUUAUAAUAAUUUAUAUGUCAUGAACCUUCAAUGGCUCUCUGCUCUUCCUUUACUACAACACCUUGAUUUGAGUUCUGCAAACCUUAGCAAAGCCUCUGAUUGGCUACAAGAGAUAAGCAAACUCCCUUCCUUUUUAGAGUUGUGAUUGUCAUAUUGCGACCUUUCUGGCUUCUUCCCACCGA